AAAAAGCUUCAUUCUGUUCCUUUUUGGGGAGCACUAUGUGGUUUUAUUUUCUGCGCAAGCCGUUUUGUUCUGACGAGUUUUCUUCUCAGUGCAGAAUUGACUGUGUUAGCGUACAGAUUCUAAAGAGCGAUUUCUAUUGAUUGAUUGAUUGAUUGAUUAUAUAUUGAAAUCGAGUCGAAACCCCACUUAUAUUAGUUAUUGUGACAUUCACACAAGCAGUCAGCUUUAACAAGGACAAUUUUAUCCGCGCACCGUGUCAAAUAGUGAAUACACUUAAAAUACACAUCCUCCCAUUGUCAAGUAAUAUUCUAAAUUAAUUGUUAGUAGCGGCGUUCUAAAAAAAAUUGGUGCGCCCCACCGACAUGCGUAGCCCUACUUGACAACUUAUCAGUACUUUCACUGGUCACACAUUCGCGGGGCAAAAUACAAACGCAAAUAUGUCUUGGGAACGCUACUCGGCGCAAAUGCUGUGCUCUGUCGACUGUGCCCCCCAGACCGACGCUGCCUCUGCGUCUUCAAUGGACCGCAGUCACCCGGCAACGACAGCUCAGCAAAACAUGCCGCAGCAAGAGUGUCCGGCGUUGGGCUGCAGCCGGUCGGGCUGUACCGGGGCGCGGCUGGUGACGGACAACGCAGCCUUCCUCGAGGCAGAAUACUUGCAGCAGCAGCACAAUUACCAGGCUAGCCAAAAGCCGUACAGGGUGGGCCUCAUCCUGCUUUGCAUGGGCGCCCUGUUCAACUGGCUCGGCCUUGCACAGGCCUACGUAGAGCCGAUGCGCUACAUCGGAGUCGGCUGCAUCGUGGCCGGCGCCCUGCUCAUUUGCGCCGCUAUGUGCCGCUGGUUGGGACGCUCAAGUGCCGGCACCGCGGGACAGCACGCCACUGACCUCAGCAGCUGCGAGCUGAACACAAUCGGACGCGAAGAGGGCAGCAGUCUUUACGGAGGUCAGCCGCCGUCGGUGCACAUCAUCAGUUUGCCCUUGAGUCCGACCUUGCAGAGCAAGCCACCUGAUUACGAGAGUCUGGUCUGCGAGCUGCCCACCUACGAAGACGCCAUCAAACUCCGCCCAACCCUCGAGCUCGUGCAGCAGCAGCCCCUGGUGGCCAACGAGGAUUCGGUGGGCUCCUCAACUGACGCGUCGACAACCAGGGUCAACCUGACCAAAGCGGUGGAAAGCUCCCUGAACGACAGCCCAGCGCAUCACUCGAGUUGAACGUAAAGUCGUCUUGCCAAGAAGAAUUUGACUGACGCGCGCAUGUACUUUGAAUUUCGCAGUUUUUGUUACGACUAUAAACUUUCCGAUUCCUAAAGUUCUAAGGUGAUUGUGUGAUGUUGUGGAAGAAAUGUUAUAUUUUUCCCAUUGCCUCUGUUUGGAAAAAAGUGUUACAAAAAAGUAUAUAUUUUUUGAUCUAAAAAACAAAGACAGUGUGUGCUUAUUAGGCAGGCUUGAAUUAAUUAGAUUGCUCUGAUCUCACCGAAAAGUAGUAAAUUAUCUUUGAAAAAGCAUACCAAACUAACUUGAUGAAAUCAUAGAAAAAAUGAAAUGAAAUACUGAAAAAGUGAGAAUAAAUGUAAUUUUGGUGGGGGAGAGAUGAGAAUUGUUGCAAAAGGAAAAUACUCCUAGAGGAGACAUUCAUAGUGAAUUUCAAACUUUCUUGCUACCAAUAUUAGAUAAAAGUAUUCCGUAUUUUUGGGAUAAUAAUUGACUGCUGCUGAAAAUAUUUGUCCAAGACAAUUCUCAUCAUAGCUGACGAGAAUUUGCAUUUAGUUUGCAGACUUCACUAGAAGCAAAGUAAGAUUUUGUUGUAUGGUUGAGAUUUAACUCAACAACUUUUUCGGUGUGUAAAUAUGGAGAGGAGAAAUUUAAUAAUAUCUCUGAUGUAUAGACUUGCACACAAGAUUAAAAGAGAGUAUGACAUAUAUUAUGAGCAAUAUUCUUCCAGAAAUGCUGAUGCUGGCAACUUAUACGCACUCGCAAGUCUUUCCCACUAUCUCCAUUUCUAAUAAACUGAAUAAGCCACACUUCUAAAUAAAAUAUUACGUACUAAGACCCAAAACCAACGUUAGCAACAUUACAUGUGAAUUUUUCCUGGGAAGGAAGCCAAGAACUAUUGGCGUUUGUAUAAAUCUAGUCAUUGUAAGAGGAGCAAGAUAUUGGGUUUGUAUUUUUGCUUCAUCUGGUGCGAGGUCGCCUCGUUGUGUAAAUUAUAUUUUUCUUGGAAAAUAUUUAUAUUCAAUAAGAAGAGCGUUCCACACUCUUGCUUUGAUGCUUGAUAUAAUAUGAAUGAUAUUCUAAAUUUAAAUGCGCUGGUCUUGUUGAUGAGUACUUUUUUGGUGUUGUGUGAGGUGCGUGCGCCCUAAACUUGUUGUGUAAUAUUUCCAAAAGAAAAUAAACUUGUAAUUGUGUAAAAUGUUGACGAAGCACGGUGUGUUGCAUGAAAAAUAUACAGUUAAUCCAACAAGGCCUAUCCAGUGAUAAAAUACAAAUUCAUGAUUUACCAUCAUACCCAUGAUCUUAAAAAGUAAAACAGCUUUACAAGUGUAAAUGGAAGAAUAAAAAAACUUAAAUAUUUCA